AAACCCCUCUUUUCACCUCAUCCAAGCAAAGCCUACGGCCGGCGUCCCUCCUGUCCAUCAUCUCCUUCGCCAUUGAUGGAGCUCUACGAGCAAUGGAAAUCCAUCUUGAAGAUCCAGAAGUUCAGGAGGAUGGUUUCCUAUGCCGGCUUCUACUGCUUCGUCACCCUCAUCAGCUACGCUUACACCAGUAACACAACUAGGGCUGGCAUGUCUAGAGCCGAUCAGUACUACGCGGCUUAUCCGGCGGGCAUCGAGCUUCUCACUGAUACGGCCAAGCUGUACAAGGCUGCUCUUGGUAACUGCUUCGAACAAGAGGAGUGGGGACCAAUAGAGUUUUCUAUUAUUGCAAAGCAUUUUGAACGCCAGGGAAAAUCACCAUAUGCUUAUCAUGCUCAAUAUAUGGCACAUCUCCUAUCUUAUGGGCAACUUGAUGGAAGUGGCUAGCAACGACCCCUUUCUCUAUAGAUGGAAUGAUUCAAAGCUCGAUUUAAUCAAACCUAGAAGAUGAAAACCAUCCUAUGGACUUUAUUCAGGUCAUGUUCCUGGCGAAUCAUAGAGCUGAACACCAUAGCAGAUGUGGAAAAUAGCUCUUCUUUGCAACAUUGUAUUAAUAGAGCUUUUCUUCAGAAAUCAAUAUUAUUGUCCCCAAAUCUUGUGGAUUUAAUUUUUCUGCUUUUAUGAAGAGCUAUAAAAAUGUGCUAUAUAUUAA